AUGGAGCAGCGCAGGCAGGAACUCCGUGGUCGACCUGCAUUAAAUAUGGUGAUACCCAUGAACUUGUUUGAAGGGUCCUCUAAGGAUCAUCAUGGAAAGGGGGUUGGAGGGGAAAGUGGUGAUGAGGAAGAGGAAGCUGGAGGAAACAAGGAUGUUCAGGUGAAAGUUCUUGUGAAGCGUGGGAAUAAGCAACAAACAAAGCAGAUGUACAUUCCUAGGGAUUGCUCUCUCGUGCAGAGCACAAAACAGAAAGAAGCAGCUGAGUUCGAAGAGAAACAGGACAUCAAGAGACUGGUGUUGGAGUAUAAUGACAGAGAAGAGGAGGAGAAUAAUGGGUUGGGGAUUCAGACGUUGAAUUGGAUGCCUGGUGGUACCAGCAGAGUUGCCAGCCGUGGCAGCACAUGGGAAGGAAGUAGUGGAAGAGGUACUGGGUCACGUUACCGGCAAUAUCAUCAUUCAGGCAGUGGACUUUAUCAUGGCAGAAGAAGGUAA